CAUAAAGAUUCGAUUCCUAGGGAUCGACUCCUAGGCUCCACAUGUAAGUUUUCUGAGAGAGCCAGAGAUUUAGUAAUGACUUGCUGCUGAAGAUAGACUGCGGACGAAGCUUUUUCUACCACUCUUCUCAGGUUUUCUGCUUGGAUUUGUGCUCAGUUUCCUUCUGUGCUUUCCAUUUUCCAGUGUUCUCUCUCAGGAUCUCUGAGGACCGCUCAGCACCAUGAACUGGGCAUUUCUCCAGGGUCUCUUAAGCGGGGUCAACAAAUAUUCGACUGCAUUCGGGCGCAUCUGGCUCUCGGUGGUGUUUCUGUUCCGCAUCAUGGUGUUUGUGGUGGCCGCGGAGAAGGUGUGGGGCGAUGAGCAGAAGGAUUUUGCGUGUAACACGGCACAGCCCGGCUGCCACAACGUCUGCUACGACCACUUCUUCCCCAUCUCACACAUUCGGCUGUGGGCGCUGCAGCUGAUCUUCGUGACGUGUCCGUCACUGCUGGUGGUGCUGCACGUUGCGUACCGUGAGGAACGUGAGCGCAAGCACCGCGCCAAAUUUGGCGAAACCUGCAGCCGCCUUUACCAGAACACAGGCAAGAAGCGAGGCGGACUCUGGUGGACCUACGUGCUCUCGCUGAUCUUCAAGAUGGGUGUCGAUGCUUCCUUUGUCUACCUGCUCUACCACAUGUACGAGGGCUAUGACUUCCCGACGCUGGUGAAGUGUUCGGAGAGCCCGUGCCCCAAUGUGGUGGACUGCUUUAUCUCGAGGCCCACAGAGAAGAGGAUCUUCACCCUCUUCAUGGUGGUCACCAGUCUGGUGUGCAUCUUGCUCUCACUCUUCGAGAUCCUUUACCUGGUAUGCAAGCGAUGCUAUGAAGGCAUCCAGACGCUCAGGGGUUCCAGGCAGGUGGUUCGUGCCACUUCCAUUCACAGCGCCAAGAACCCGAAUUCACUGAUGGAUGGCGAUCAGCUGGUGGGGAAAGUGCCAUCGUACACCGUCUCGAUGGCACGGUGAAAGAAUUCCUACACAAACUGGAGAAGAACUGGAAAGGAACCUGAGAUAAACUUAUAUAAAUAAGCAGGUGGAUAGCGACCAGUGAUGGCUUUUUUGCAGUCCAGUAGUGGGACUGGGAAUGAGAACUGGUUUAAUUUCAAAAAGGUUUAUCUCAAAGAGUGAGCGAGACAUUUUCACACGAACUUAAGGAAUUUCAAUGUGUCUGGAGGCAGUUUGUUCCUCAGCUCGCUCUCUGAUGAGCUUAGAAUGGGGUGUAGCUCUGUUUUGGACAUAUUUAACAUGCAGCUACAAGUCAGGUCAAGCCUUUUUGCUUCUCAGUAUCUUGUUAUGAAGCGGUUUGGGCUGUAAAUCAACUUCAAACCAGGAUGAAAAGCAGGCAAGGCCAUCGGGUUAAACUCAAAGCCACCGGUCUCAUAUUCUUGAAAAGAAAAGUGUGUAAAUAAUGAAAGAUGAUCGUCCCACGCCCCAACGCCAAUGCAUGGUAUUGUUCUUUUUUUACAUGCAGUACCAGUGGAUCCAAAGCUGCUCAAAGAAAAAUGCACCAUUCAAUUCAGUGUAAAUUUUUAAACUGUUAAAAAAACCGUCUGAGGUACUGAAUGCUAGCUCUCAUUUCAUACAAGAAAUAAGGAAUAAAGUGACGGGUGUCUUAAAAGGUUCUUUAUUCGGGAUCACUGAUGUUAUACAAUUGUUGAGAAUCCGACAUCCAGCAUGAAAAAUAAGAUGAAAAGAAGGGAAAGCGGUUUGUUUACGUUCAGAAAGCGUGUAUUAAAGAUGGAGUAUUUAAGCCUGAUGACAAAUGAAACACAAACUGUGAGCACAUCUGUCUGUCGUUUUGUGUGCAUCGCACAAAGAACGACUCCCAGAAGCUCCUCUUUUUUCUUUUUGGCAAGGCAUAUCAACUAGCAGUUUUGUGUAACUAAAGACAAACCACUGUUAGAAGCUGGAUGAUUCAUCUGUACCAUUCCAUCUGAAUCUGGUUUGUCUUUGGAGGAAAUCUGAAGCCUUUCGUCGCAUGAAUGGUGCAUUUUUAUGCUUAAAACAUGCGUCCGAACGUGUAAAACCGCAUUCCUCCGAGGGCAAACUCACAGACAUACACAACCCUGUACCUACUUGUGAACCAUAGAAUCAGUUUUUUUUAUUAAAAAUGAUGUUUUCUUGAACUGUUUACAAUCUGUUUGUUACACUGAGAAUGUAAACAAAGUUUUUUUUCUGCCAAGUCUGCAGACUUCUCUUUUUUCUUUUUUUUUGCACAACUGUUUAUCAUUCCAGAUGUUAUUUUAUAUACAGAAUGUUAUUUUUAUCUGUGCAAUUCUUUCCAUUUUUUAAUGCCUUUUAAUUUGCUUUUCUUGGUUAUUGCACUUAUGUAAAGAAACGUCAACGCAGAAUUAUGGUGUAAGUUCCUGUGCUCCUCAUGCCACAAGCUGUAGGUUCUCAGGGAAUUGUUUGUGUGUGUGUGUGUGUGUGUGUGUGUGUGUGUGUGUGUGUGUGGUUAUAUAAGAUUCAGAACUCGGAGGUUUGAAACUAUUUGUGCAUGAGCUGAUCUGUGUCAAAUCCUCAGCAAGCAAAUCCUCCAGAUGUUGGUAACAGAGGAAAUUUUUUUCUUUGGCGCUCAUAAGCGUGCAUCCUCUGAAUGUAAACCAUGCUCAGUGUGUAUUUCCUCUGUUUGGCGUCCAUCUUGUCUUAUUUCUUCUUUUUUUUACUGUCUGCAUCCUGAAAUGAUUCUCAAUUAAAGCCAGUUUUGUACUUUA